AUGGUGGUCGAGGCGAGCGCCACGGCGCCGGUGCGCGCCUGGAGCUGGACGCGCAUCGACGGCCGCAACGUGCUGGCCGUGCCCACGCAGACGGAGAUCCGGCUCUACGACAGCGACGACUUCAUCCUGCUGGCGCGCCUGGCGCCGUCGGGCCACCGCUCGCCCGUGGCCUUCGUGCGCUGGAGCGCCUUCCACGGCAAGCUGGCGUCGCUCUCGGCCGAGCUGCUGCUGGUGCACGCGCCGCAGCGAGACCCACAGCAGCGCGACCAAGAGCGCGGCGGCGUGCACUUCGCGGCCGUGUGCCGCCUGCGCCUGGACGCGGCGCGGGGCAUCCGCGGCCUCGCGUUCAGCCGCAGCGCCGACGAGCUGCUGUUCUGCGGGCGCGGCGCGGGCCUGGGCAAGCUCAGCGUCAAGGCGGGAGCGGGUCGAGACGACCAGGAGGCGCUGGUGCUGUGGAAGCAGGAGCAAGAGGGCUGCGACAUGGCCAAGUACUCGCCCAGCGCCUUCGUGUUCGCCAGCUUGACGAUGCAGGAGAGAGAGAUCAAGGUCUGGAGGAUGCAGAGGAAGUUGGGGGACUCAGAUGAGAAUCAGAAGCUGGACAGGGUCGAGGCGUUGCAGCAUCCAGACCCGGUGGUGUACUUCUCUUGGAAACCCUCCACGACGCAGUGGCAUUCCGCCCUGGAGACGGAUGGAACGAGGAAGGCGCAGUGGUUUGAGCCGGCCAGGAUACUGCUGACGUGCACAGCCACGAGGUCCGUGAGGAUCUGGACGGAGAAGGAGGUGGAGCAGGGAGGCGUGUGCUUUCAGGCUGUGCUGGUGUUCGAGCCGAUGUACCCGAUUGACAACGUGCGCUGGGUCAUGUCGAAGAACAGGAAUAUCAGCGACGAAAACUUUCAAGUGGUGAAUGAUGUGCAUGACACAUAUGCGGAUUGGAUCUCCGGAGUGGACCAUAAUGGGAUUUUGAGGCUCUGGAGAGUGUUGGGGGUCGUCUCGAACGAACCGACGGUGGAGGAGACGACGCUGCAGAUCAAAGUCAAUGGAGAAGAUGACAGCCAGAAAGCUGCAGAUAUGAGUGUGAGACUCGGGGAGGUCUGUGUCAUGGCCUACUUUUCGCAAAACUACUUUGGAAUGCCAGCUGAUGUCGCAGUGGUGUCGUCGCCGAGAGUGCAAUUGCCUCGCCAGCAUCGACGACUCAACCGAUCGCCAAGCUUAUCGCCAUGGACAUUCUACGAUUACGUGACAGGAGAGUCUGGAUAUGAGUACGAAGUUGCGUGUAAAAAGCCGACAACCAACUCGGAGCUCGGCAUUGAGUUUGAGGAGAGAAGGGGAAAGAUACUCGUUUCGAGAAGCAGUUCCUGCAAUAAGUACGUCAGCGAAGUGGUUGAAGGAGACGAGCUGGUUGGUAUCAACAAUAAAAGUGUGGUGGGCAAGGAUGUGAAGGAAAUUCUUACGCUGAUUGACACGAUUCCAUGUGAUGAAUCGCUUCUGAUGCGUUUUCGGGCUGCAUGCGUGCAAAAUUACCAAGGAACCGUGGGCCCGCCAGCUUAUGCAGCUCUUCCUCAGUCGACGACACCCGCCCCAUUCCAGCCAAAUUUCAACAACAACAAUGGAGGCAACAUCGAUUCACCUGAGCACUCCGUCGAGGAGUACGCAUCUGAAUUGCGCCGAAGCUUUUUGUCGUCGUUGGAGAAACGAAACCCCCAGAGUCCUCACGGCACGGACAAUGUGGUUCAUGCAGGGGCAGUGUCCGUGUAUGGGGGUUGGAGACAGCUGGUGCAUGCCAAAGCAGCUUCUAAGCUCUCAUCACUGUGCGUGUGUCCAGCUUACGCUGACGAUGGCGAGUAUAUUCCCGAUUCUGUGGUGAUUUUUGGCAUAGCAUCGUUACCUGGAAACCUUUGUGUCUGGAAAGGCGUCCGUGAUGGAGCAUAUCACUCGUUUGAGUUAAUUCCACUCCAAAUCCACGAUCCGGCAAUCGAGAAGAAAACCAAUAUUACCUCGAUUGCUGGUGAGAGAGACUACCGCCAGCGAGCGUUUUCCACGAAACGUGUGCAAGGUCGCAACAGUUUGAACUCGCUGCUUUUUGUCGGCGAUGCUGCUGGCAACAUCGAGCAUUGGCGAUGUCAGGUUGUCGGUGAUAUCAUUCAUUUCACGAUGAUGAGCUCCCACCCUAUUGGCAGUAGCACGUUGCCUCCCUCACCGAACGGGCAUGAUGUGCGUGACGUAUCUGGUUCCUUUUGCAGACGUGGGUACGUGUCUGCAGAUCAACUCGAGAAGCCAAGGCAAAGUGGGGAUGCGGGUGUCGCUUGUGGAAUUAGUCAUAUCGAAGUGGACGAUCCGAACCGACUGGCAGUACUUCAUGCCGAUCGCCCGGAAGAGUUGCAUGUUUUCGAAGCAGAAUCUGGCCUGGGGAUUUUGCGCAUGGAGGAGUUCAUACCAUCCAACGGUCGUGGACACAUUCUAGGUUUCUGCUGGUGCAGUUCACAUGUCGAGUUUAACGUUGACGCACUCGCUUGGGAUGAGCCAGGAAGCCUUUUGCAACACUCCAUGGACUGGAAAGCCGCGGAAUCUCCUCAAAAGCUCCCUGUAUGGCACCCGUACGUGCUCCUCACAACGAUGUUCGGAAUGCACGCGCGUGUGGGAGAGAAGGACACGUCGCUUGCUGGCGACCGGGCUUCCUACGAGUUUUCGAGGGCCUUUAAAGACGCCACUCAAAUGCUGAAGUUGCUUGCGAAAGUGAUGGAAGAUGAGCCUUCUGCACGUGCUAGCGCCACUAGUGGCGUUCUCUCGUUCACUGGCCCAGAACGAGCAAGGAGAACUUCGGCUAAGGAAAACGGAUCUGGACGAGCUCGGAUGCUAGAGUCUAUUGGCCGAUACUCUACGUCUAUUCAUCGAAGUGGCAACAUCGAUAAAGCAGAAAAUCUGUUUGCUGCACCGUUGAGCAACCAAAGAAGAUACAACUAUGACGAGGAUGACGAUUUUGCUGAUGAAGACGACCAAGGAAAGUUGGCAUCAACUGAAGCAGCGACUAUCCUGGCAGCAGUUGACGUCAUGCUGCUGGGAAAACGACACCCAUUGCGAGCAAAUGCGUCGGUUCUAUUUGCCUCAUUCAGUGAGGAGCAUCUUUUGGAGAUGAAAGCCCUCCUCAGUUUCGUGGAGGAAAUCCAGUCCCUCGGUUUUGAUUUGGAUGCUUCAGCUGCAGAUCUGGGAGCCAAGCGUUUCUUUUCCAUGUUUCUGUUUGCGAAAUCGUUGAGAAGCGCUGUGCUCGCUCACACAGGGAGCAGUAGUGACUUUGCAAGUAAUCCGCAAAAUGGUGAUUCAGAUCCCUUUUCUGGCAAGUUAAAGUGGAGAAAUUCGUUCAGCGAGCGCGAUGGUUGCUUUUGGCUUCCAAACCUGGAAGAGACUCCUUCCUCGGGGCUUUUGUGGGCCUUGCACUCGGAUGCGCAGCAAUUUCUUUGGGAGCACUGUAUCCAACCAAGCAUGCAAUGGGACGAUAUUCGACCUAUGUGGUUGGGACUCUGGGUCAAGGAUGUCAAAGAUCUUCGAGGAAUUGUUGAGAGAUUUGCCAAGGCCUCAUAUGCAAAAACAAAGGAUGCCAUGGACGUAUGUUUGUUCUACGUGGCAUUGGGCAAACAGAAAGUUCUGAGCGUUUUGGCAAAGCUAACAGAGUCGGAAUCGAACAAGACACUGGCGUCCUUUCUAGAAAAUGACUUCUCCGAUAAACGCUGGAGCAACGCUGCAAUUAGGAACGCAUACUCUCUGCUUAGCAAGAAGAAAUACGAGGCAGCAGCAGCAUUCUUUCUGCUCUGUGCGCCCCCGCGUAUUCAAGAUGCUAUUCGAGUUCUGUCGGUGCGUUUGGGAGACCCAAGCUUAGCGCUGAUUAUUUCCAGGCUUGUGGAAUAUCGCCUCGACGAUACACUGCAACAUGAUUUUGCGAUGAAUCAAGCUGGAAUUACGCCUGCGGGUGACGCUACAAAGCAGUUAUUGGAGCAAGAUGUGGUCCCCCUUUUCCGCCUAAAGCGCGAGAUGUGGUUGGAGAGUUGUGCUUUGUGGUGGCUGGAAGAAUUUGAGCAGUCUUGGGCUGUGCUGCUGCCGCAGUUCCAAGACGUCGACGUAUGUGGAGGAAACGAAUCAAAUCUCCCUACGAAAAAUAGCUUGGUUUCCAGCGUGAUGCGAGCAACGCAUUUCUACGUCAACCUCACGUCUCUCACGGUCUACUUUCAGCAUCUCCAUUCCAGUGUUAACUCCACUUUGUUGAGCUGGGCCAAGAAGAAAAUGCAGCAGCAAGCGUUUCCUGACGACCCAGUAUCUCCUGCUGCGAUUUCAACGGGUAAGAAACGUCUCCAGCUUGCAUCAACCGCAGACAUCGAACACGCGUUUUCGUUUGCAGCGUAUGUGUGCAAGCGAAGUGGUUUAAGUGAUACUGCACUCGUGGAGAUGCUCCAAGCACGGCACCUUAUCAACCUCCACGCACGUUUUGAGAUUUCGACAAUUGAGACUGGAAACAACUCGAUCGGCGACUUGCUGCUUGAGAAUGAUGUGAAUGGUGAGUCUAGCAGCCCUACCUCACCUCGAUUCCAAUCAUCAGUGAAAACUUUGAGGCGUGGAACGACACUGUCGUUCGCCACUUCUCCACUUGGCAGUAAAUCGCCAAGACAGACAGUCUGGAGCGCGUCGCCGAGACGAAUGAGCUUUAUGGACAAGCCAAGUCUGUUGCACAUCGACCCCGUAGUAUCGGGGAAGAAGUCGCUUCGACAAAGAUCAAGCUCAAUAGCAUGGUCGAAAGCGUUGCAAUCUGAGAAGACUCUCCCGACAGCUCCGUGGCUCAAAGCGCAGAUCGCUGAUAUCGAGUGCAGACGGUGGGCAUCGUCUGCCUUUGUGGGUAAAAUGAUUGGCAUUCGUGUUGCACGGGAGAUGAUCAGCCACUUCCGUUCCGAGUUGCAUAUGUGGUUUAGGCACGGUGACGGCGUUGAUUCCCCCACCCAUGCGAUGACCAUCACUACAAACCCCGGUCAACGGCAUCAUCAUCAUCGCGUUAAGCUUCACAGGGAGUUCCUCGACGAGUUGUGCACGCCACUUUGUGAGCAGUUCCAGGUCGACCGCAACUACGUUUACGAAGCUGCGCUUGCUGUUAUGCAUCCACACGCAUACCUCCAUAUCGUAGAAGUCUGCUUCCUGCUCUCGGAACUGAGUAGGGUCUCGACCUUGCGCAAAUGGGUCGAGUACGUAUCGCUGUCAAUGCUGCACUCCUGCUCAACAUUUGCUUCGUGCAGCAUCGCAGAGGACGUGUAUCGCGACUGGGAGGGGCUUACGAUCCAGCUUUGCUACAUUCUCAAUCUCGAUGCUCAAGGCCAAAUCAGCAUUCCGCCUCAGGUGAUAGCGCACAUAAGUGUUGCUGUCCGUACUGGAAUCAUUUUCCUGGGUUGGGCGCGGCAGAGAUCUGACAUUGUUCGCCAGGCUGUUAGCUUGCCAUUUUACACCUACGGCACAACCAAUACUCGGAUAUUCGAAGGAAACCUGGGGUAUACUUUCCUUGGUGCCGUUGCAGCUCGUCAAGCGAGCGAUGACAGUAUUUCUCUCUUGUCGUGGGGAGGAAUCGCAAAUGCAGCGAGCCAAAACCAGUUCAAGAUUCGCAAGAUGUACACACUGAUUCUCAUGGUCUCAGUGCUUCGCACGCUGUAUGCGAGAGCUACAGUUUUUCUCAGCACAUACCAAGACGGGAUCGAUGCGGAUGACGAUGAAGUAGCUGAAGCAGACAUCUCAAGCUCGCUGUUUACCCCGAAGAAAUUGUGGAAAGCCUUGGGCGAAGGUCCUCUCGAAGGUCUGAAGAGGUGGUAUGCGCUCAUCGAAUCUCACCUGAGAUGCGAAUUUGACUACUCCGUGAAGGAAGUACCGUGUCUCUGUGGUCUCUAUGGUCUUGAUACCGCAGCGUUUGAAGAAGCAGCCGCUGCGAACCGUGAUUGGAAGCGGCAGGCCCAUGGAUGUGACAAUGAGAAUAGCGACACGCCUAUCAACAGUGGAGCUGAGGACGGCAGCCCCAUUAUCGAUCGUGAGGAUGAUGUUAAGCUGAAGGAGAACUCCACCGAUACUGAGUGUGUGGAAACAUCCGAGGACGAAACUCCAGCUAGCUUGAAGGCUUUUCUCCGCGAGAUCGGGAUGAGUUAUGAGCUGCAUACGGCCCUGGUGAGCGUAAGUGACGAUUACGUGCUAUUGUUGAUGCAGAAUGCAAAGUUUGGUGUGCGCGCAACGUUACGGCGAUUUCGCAUGGACCCGCGAGUUUACGUAAAAAGCUUUGUUCUGCGCGAUGCCUUUGCUUGGUUCGCUCGUCACCAGAUUUUUAGCGGCGAAACCAAAGCCGACACCAUCGCGCAAAUUCACGCGUUCUUGACGCGCUGUUGCAAGCAGCGUAAGCUCCGAUUGUUAGUUGCUCAUCGCGGUGAAGAUGCUCAGAUGUUUCCGUUCGAUCGCUAUCACGCCCGCUCACGCCAUGAUAGUGAAGCUGACGCCAACUCGGCAGCACCCGUCUCAAGCGAGCUGCCCAUUCCGCGAUCUCGGCUACCGAGUACGGCUGGAUCUGUCACAAACGAGGUACCCACAUCUCGGUCCCGGCUAUCAAAUGGUGCUAUCGGGUCGGAACCGGGUGACUCGGAAUCUCUGCCUGAAGCGAUGUACAUGCAGUCGAUGAUGUUCGUUGACCCGUGGGAAGUUGAAGCGGAGGGGAAUGUACAUCGAUACAUGCACGCUGCUCAGUCGCCCCUUCACGUGGAGCUUGGGUGGGACCGACUCAGUCCCAUUUGCUUGGAAACGUGCGAUAGCAUUGUCGACUCGGUGUUUGAGGAUCCCGAUCUUGUGGCAAUGUGGAGAACCACGGGUGGAGAAGGCUGGCUUGUUACGGCUAUCACUAAAUACCGGCUUGAUGGAUUGCACUCGUAUCGCACGCUUCACCAGCACAUCCAGCGUGGCCUCGCUGGAAAAGAGGAACCGCGAAUCCCUCUUCUCGUGGAAAUUUAUUCGCGUAGCCAGCGCAACGCGAUGUUUGAAGAAGCUGGCUUGCCCCACCGCUUUAUUGGAGUAAUUACGGUGGAGCUGGUUGAAGCGAAGGACUUGAUCGCGUGCAGUUGGGUAAGCAAGUGGAGCGACGCCUACGCGUUCUUGGAGCUGUGUCAUGCGAAAGACAAACCACGCGAAACAGCAGAAGAAUGGAGUCUGCAAACCUAUCGUAGCUCGGUUGGCGAGGGCGGUGUUAACCCAAAGUGGGAUGCAGCAGAGAACAAGUUUGCUUUUCGCUUUGCCAUCCCCACUCAUGGGAAACACACUGCCCGUCCGACGAGAGGUGUUCACUUCAGUAAUGCAGAGGGCGGUGUUCGCAGGAAUCGCGCUGCCGUGGACGCUUUGGAGAACUUGCUUCCGUCGGUGUUUUCAGGCCCACCUGCAAUGCUGCGAUGCACUGUGUACCAGAAGAACAAGGUUCUAAGCCACCAGUUUAUGGGGAGAGCAAAGGUGAGUAGAGUCCGCGUUCUUUAG